GUGCUUCCGCCCUCCGUCACUUCCGGUCGCGGUGCUGGCGGUUGCCGCAGGCCGGGCGGGAGUGGAGCGCCCGGGGCCGGGGGUCGGAGGCCGCCAUGAACUUCUCCGAGGUGUUCAAGCUCUCCGGCCUGCUCUGCAAGUUCUCCCCGGACGGCAAGUACCUGGCUUCUUGCGUCCAGUACCGCUUAGUGGUCCGGGAUGUGCACACCCUCCAGAUCCUUCACCUGUACACGUGCCUGGACCAGAUCCAGCACAUCGAGUGGUCGGCGGACUCCCUCUUCAUCCUGUGCGCCAUGUACAAGCGGGGGCAGGUUCAGGUGUGGUCCCUGGAGCAGCCGGAGUGGCACUGCAGGAUCGACGAGGGCUCGGCCGGGCUGGUGGCCUCCUGCUGGAGCCCGGACGGCCGCCACAUCCUCAACACAACCGAGUUCCACCUGCGGAUAACUGUCUGGUCCUUGUGCACAAAGUCCGUGUCUUACAUCAAAUACCCCAAAGCCUGUCAGCAGGGGGUCUCCUUUACCCGGGACGGCCGCUACAUGGCGCUGGCGGAGCGGCGCGACUGCCAGGACCACGUGAGCGUAUUCGUCUGCAGCGACUGGCAGCUCCUGCGGCACUUUGACACAGAGACCCAGGACCUCGCAGGGAUCGAGUGGGCCCCAAACGGCUGUGUGCUGGCAGUGUGGGACACCUGCCUGGAGUACAAGGUCCUGCUCUACUCCUUGGACGGCCGGCUCUUGUCCGCGUACUGUGCCUACGAGUGGUCCCUGGGCGUCAAGUCUGUGGCCUGGAGCCCCAGCAGUCAGUUCCUGGCCAUCGGAAGCUAUGACGGGAAGGUGCGCAUCCUUAAUCACGUGACUUGGAAAAUGAUCACAGAGUUCGGGCACCCAGCCACCAUUAGCAAUCCCAAAAUAGUCGUGUACAAGGAAGCCGAGAAGACUCCGCGGCUGGCGCCGGGCCGCCUGGCCUUCCCCCCGCCCAGAGCAGCGGCCGGCGUGGCCUCCCCUGCGGAGACCAAGUAUGAGAUCGCCUCCGUGCCAGUCUCCUUACAGACCCUGAAGCCUGUUGCCGACAGAGCGAACCCGAAAAUCGGCAUCGGAGCGCUGGCCUUCAGCCCGGACAGCUACUUCCUGGCGACGAGAAGCGACAGUGUCCCGAACGCCGUCUGGAUCUGGGACAUUCAGAAGCUGAGGCUCUUCGCGGUGCUGGAGCAGCUGUGCCCCGUGCGCUCCUUCCAGUGGGACCCGCAGCAGCCCCGGCUGGCCAUCUGCACGGGAGGCGGCAAGGUGUACCUGUGGGCGCCAGCGGGCUGCGUGUCCGUGCAGGUGCCUGGGGAAGGUGACUUUCAGGUGCUUUCUCUGUGCUGGCAUUUAAACGGGGACUCACUGGCCCUCCUCAGUAAGGACCACUUCUGCCUGUGUUUCCUGGAAACCGAGGACAGGGUUGGCACGGCCUUUGGACGGCCAGGUGACCACACGUAGGACCUGUGAGUGCCCAGGCCCAGCCGAGACGAGAGAACACUGUGGCACGUGGCAGCUACGGGGAAGGUGCGGGGCUUCUGGGGGGCGGGGGGCGUUCCCCAACAGUGGCCCAGAUGAAAUGACCGGCUUUUAUUUUUGUAUAGCAUUCCUGUAAAUAUGUAUGGUAUGAGACUAAUUUUUAUUUAAAAUAAACAUUUACUAACUCA